AAAUAAUCUGAGAAUUUGGAGUACAGAACUCCCAGCAAGCUCUCAGGAAUCUAUAGGCCAGAGCAACACCAGCACACCACUAAGCUAGGCCAUUAGUCAGUCACAGCCGGUACCUCCUGCGAUCACCCGCACUUCCGUCGAUCGACUUUCUCUGUCCGGCCCUGCUCUUCGGUACUUUCAUAGUGUACUGGUUCUUUUCAUAACCAUUUGCCGCCAUGAUCAGAGAAACGGGCGUUGAUAUAGAAGCAGCGCAAAACUUCUCCGUGCAAGCGGCUGAAAUGGCAGGCGGCGAGAUCAAAACCCGCGGGAUUCCGCUGGGGGGAAGACGGCAUCGGCGGAAUCAAGGCCUGCGCGGAGCCGCCCUGCGCCUGUUCGCGUGCGCAGCUCCUCCGCCGAGAAACGACUUCGCAAGCCGCGGAGCAAGUGACUACAGCAGGAGUGAUUGUAGCGACGCCGAGGCGGAAGGCGCGUACCGGAACCUGAGCUCGUACGCAGCCGGAGUUGAAACGGGAGAAAGUGUACAGCGAUCAUUCUCGCAUGACAAUCAGUCCUGCGAUCAGGCCCUCAAAUUCGAUCAGGGGAAACUUCGUAGGGGACGACGAAUGGCGGCAAUUCCCCCCUGUAUGACCGCCCCACCCGUCCUCUCCCGGCCAAGCUCUGCUAAUUCUCAAGCCUCUGAGGCGCCUCAAAAGGCGGCGCGCGAAUCAGACCGGAGGAAAGCUGACACGGGUCGUAAAACUCCCUGUGUGACCGCCCCACCAGUCGUCUCCCGGCCUAGCUCUGCUGAUUCCCAAGGCCAUGACAAUUCGCGGAUCGUGAUUGAGCCGAAAUCACCUUCCGUAGUACCUUUGUCCCUCACCUCCCCACAGUCCAUCCUUUUGGCCGCAUUCUCACCAAAGCCAUUACCCGGGCUUACCUUCCCCUGCUCCCAAUCUGGCUCCUCUCCAACUGCCAGAUCUCCAGGCCUGUGUGGCUCUUGUGUCACCUCCUAUACCGUCACAUCUCCCGUCGUAGCUUCUCCUGGUGCAGUUUCCUGCACAUCCAACGACGAAGGAACAAGCCCAUUUUCCUUCUCGGUCUUCUCUCACUGCGUGGACACAACCUCGGUGCAGCUGCAGCUCGCUCACCUGAGGAAUGAUGAAGACGGUAUGGCAAGGGCCGAAGAUGCCAGCUGUAAUGACAACGAUGAGGAAGAAUGGGGCGGUGAGGAAGGAGUUUUCUGCGACUCACAUUGUGAAAACAGUGCAGCUUUAGGAAGGAAAUGUGUUUCCGAAGUGGAAGGGGGGGGUGAGGAAGAGAGGCUAAGAGCCAGGCUUGUGCAUAUAGAGGAGAAGUUGGAGAGGUUGAGAGAUAAGAGGAUGGAGUAUGCAGAGAGGCUGCAUCACGCCCAGUUGAGGAAAGAAAAGUUGGCAGGACCCAUCCAGCAAUGGCUGAGACCACCUGCUCGAUUGGAAAUACCAUAGCUUUAGUAACAUUGAAUGGUUGACUUGCUACUUUCAAUGAGCGUAUUACAUACUCA